AUUUAAGUUUCAGAUGUUUUAAUUUACUUUGGAAUGUGUUCUAAACUGUAGUUCACUUGUCCUUUGUUGACAUGCGAUACAGCAGUGAAAGCAAAUGAUUAUUAUUAUUUUAUAGUUAUUAUUUAUACAUUAUUUUGUUCAAUGCCAAGGCAGAACGGUGCAAAGCUCCACGAGUACCCUACUGACAAUUAGGCCAAGCCAGGAACAGAUUAAGUAAGCUUGAUCAACUCAUCCCUGCCCGGCCAAGCAGUAAAAAUAAACUGGACUUCCUCCUCAGCAAUUUUCUACAAGUGAUGUUUCUCUCAUGAAGCCUCACAUGUUCACGUAUUUUGAUCAGAAAGGAUAAAGUCAACCAGCGUGUUGGCUCACAUGAUGUGAGUUGUAUGUUUUGGGGAUUGUCAUGAUGACAUAAUGUAACAGCACUUUUCUGAGUCAUCAAGUUGUUGUUCUGGUUUCUGUGAGGCCUCGUGUUCUCAGGUUUGUUUCAAAGCCUGAAAUAUGUGUUUGUCUCCAUCUGCUGCUUCUCUUUAGAAACAAUGAAAAGAGGCUUCAAUGCCGCAAUGAGUCAUGAGUUGGAAGUUGUCAACCCUAUUUAUUAAACAGUGAUUUUCAAGGAUCGUUUUCCUGAUUAUUGACCUUGUACCAAAAAGCCAAUGUGUGGUCUUGCAUUCCACACAUUCCUGUGUCAGUUGCUCUUCUGUGCUGUAGCUUUAAUUGGACUGUAGAGGGAGCAACAUAUACGUGAUGUGAGCUCCUUUUGAUGUAUUAUAUGUCAGGAAACACAGGGAUAGUCAGGUCCCUCUUUUGUUACCACACACUCUUCUUGUUUUGACCUUUUUUUAAAACAUAAGUUUAAGGCCAAUUCUAUUAAACCCUGAUAGCAAUAUCAUGCUGUUGUUAAUAAAUAAUAAUAACUAGAGAGUAGAGAGUAAUAUCUAAUUUAACUUUUUGGGGGACUCUGGACUCGAUAAAGUCUUAUCAGUGUCCACGUGCAUUUCAUAGUUUAAAGGGACAUUCCUAAGAGAGUCACUGGACUCCCCCACUGUGUCACUUCCUCUGCUCUGGCACUGAGCUCCACCUUGGCCCUGACUCACCUUCCACUUCUCAAGUUACCUCACCCUGCAGAGCCCGCCCCUUGUCCUUUAGGGAGCACUGUUGUGUCAGUCUGGGAAAUAUUGCUAGUGGGGGACCCCACUGCAUCCCAAAUCCCUCAGGGCUUGAUGGCUGGACCUGCCGAAGCUCAAAGCUCGCCUACUGCGAACUUUGCCCCUGAAAAAUCUACUCUCAGGAAUGAAAGGCAUCCGAGACUGCCGGAUUACCUUUUUCGCGUACCUUAUUUAUGAAGUCAGAGCUCCAAGAAGGGAGGGACCAAGAACUGAACGAUGAGGUAGACCUGCAACACAGCACAACAGGGGGUGAAGAAGAGAACUCUGGUGGGGGAACACCUCCAACCAAACGCAAAGGAAAGUUCUCCAAGAUGGGAAGAAUCUUCAAGCCCUGGAAAUGGAGGAAGAAGAAGCCAAGUGAGAAGUUCACUGAAACAUCUAUAGCUUUGGAAAGAAAGAUUUCUGUUAGAAAAAGUCGCCAAGAGCUGAUUUCAAGAGGGCUUCUAAAGGACAUCCCAGAAAAUGUGAGCAACAAUGUAAAUCACUCCAAAGCACCGCCAGUGAAAAAUGGGCACCCUGUGUCAAAGGACGUGGACAGGGUGUCAGAAGCUGGUGCUCGAGUGCCUCGAGGGGAGUCUGACCCGAAAGGGAAUCCCCUCAAGAUGCUCCAGGGAGAUGAUCGUCGAAGCAGAGCCCCGUCUGAUGCCUCCCGAAGUAACAGGGCACCUCUGGAUGUGGACACCCACGCACGGAUGACUGUGGACGCAGACCGACGAAGCCGUCUGCCAUCUGAUGUUGACAAGAGAGGAGGAUCUUUAUCCAGAGGAGCUCCUCAAGAUGAUAGAUACCGCAGAGAAGAGAGGAGAGAUGGAAAAGAUGAUAGAGAAGAAAGGGGAAGAAAGGACAGGGAAGACGUGGAGAGAAAGGACAGAGAUAAGCAAGAAUGGCGGGAUGACCGUGAGAGGAGAGACGAAAAGAGAGAUCGCGAUGAGAGGGAAAAGAGAGAUCGCGAUGAGAGGGAAAGGAGGGAUCGAGAUGAGAAGGAAAGGAGGGAUCGAGAUGAGAGGGAAAGGAAGGAUCGGGAUGAAAGGGAAAGGAAGGAUCGGGAUGAAAGGGAAAGGAAGGAUCGGGAUGAAAAGGAACGGAGGGACCGGGAUGAAAAGGAACGGAGGGACCAGGAUGAGAAGGAACGGAGGGAUAGGGAUGAGUGGGAAAGGAAGGACCGUGAGGAGAGGGAAAGGAGAGAUCGGGACGAGAGGGAACGGACGGACCGUGAUGAGAAAGAAAAGAGGGAUCACAGAGACAAGAGAGAAGAUAGGGAUCGGCGGCCUGAGAGGGAAAAGAGAGAGAACCGAGGCGAAAGAAAAGAUGAUAGAGAAGACAAGGGUAGGAAAGAUGUGCGGGGAGAAAGAGACGACAGAGACAGAAAAGAUGACAGAGACCGGCGGGAAGACAAAGACCGGGCCAAAAGAAAUGAAAGAGAGCGACGAGAUGAUCGGGAAAAGAGGGAGGAGAGGAGAGACAAAGUGGAUGACCUGCGAUCUUUAGUUAGACCGGUCUCUGAGAUGAACCUGCGGCCUUCUCUACAGAAGAGCUCGUCAGAGGACAAGAAGAAGCCUCGUCCUGCCUCAGAGUCUGACCGGAGGACCACCCUGCCCAGAUACAGCCCAUCCACAGAGUUCAGAGAGCGCUCAGAGUCUGCUGUUGUCCGCUCCACCCCUGCCCCUCAUUCUGCACAAGACUCACAGCAGGAACCUGCCCCUGCCCGGCAAGCUCUGCUUCCCCCAAAAUCCCUCACCGCUCCCUCCACUGAGUCCGGUAGGAGUUCGACCCCUUCCUCCUCUUCAUCCUCCUCCUCCUCCACUUCGUCAACCUCCUCCUCUGCUCCCAUAGCUGUGGCUAAACCGCCAAGGACUGUCUCCCUAAUAGUCGAUGACCCAUCUCGACCCUCCCUCGCUGCUCCCUCCUCAGCUGACUCUCACAUGCCGCCCCCUGUCCCUCCCCAUGCCAAGCAGCCUCCCGUCCCGCCACCCAAACCCACCAACCGAAACAGCAACCCUGCACUGCUCGCUUCCUCAUUGAACAGGGGCUCUAAGGCCAGGCAGCCUUGUUACUGGACCAGCUGGAGACGUCAGAGUGAGCUCGGCCUCUACCUCUCUCUGCCUUUGUACCUGCGCCAAAGAGCUGCAGGGACCUGCUCAGCGGAGCUUUCUCAGCCUGGCAGCGGCAUCAUCAUUGUUCCAGCACAUGCAAAGCGCUCUCCACCAACUCCACCAAAGAGGAUGACCCCUGUCACCAAGCGCCACUCUGUGGAUCCUUCCCCUCCUUCUCAGGUCACUGAGUCUGCAACCGCUGACCCGGCUGCUGCCCCUGGACCGGCGCACCAUGCUGGCCCCAAAGGAUAUAACAAUGAGGAGAAAACAAGUGCAGCAGCUCCUCAGACUGCCACCGACACUCUGCCUUCACCGCCGUCCCACAUACCUCCAUCACCUCCCAGGGCUCAGUCGCUCCAGCCGCCCGACACCACCUCCUCUGGUCCUGUGUCCAUCAUACAAACGGAUCCACCCAGCCCAACCACUGAGCCUCCCAGCCAUCCUCCAGCCAUUCCACUGCACAUCCUCAUCCAGAGAGCCCUGGCCAGCCCUGGCCAAGCUCAGCCCAACCCGGAGGGUUCUCAGAGAGCCCACUCACUACUGUUUGAGUCUCCUCCAGACUUCCUUACCGAGAUGGGGGAUAGCUCGAGGCUUUCACUUCCCAUCACCAUCGAACCUCUCAGGCUACCUGAAGACGAUGACUUUGACAUGGAGGAGGAGAUGCGGAAGCUUCAGCCCCAGAGGCCUCCCCGCCAGCCUGACAUGGAGCCCCGCAGCCGGAGGGGUUUGAUUGGGGACCCCAGAGUCAGCAUCAUCCCUGAGGUAGGAGGCCACGAGGACAGCGAGGGGUCUGACUCUGAUGGCCCCAUCCUGUACCGAGAUGAGGACGACGACGACGAUGAUGAUGAUGAUGAAGACGAUGAGGAGGGCCCUCCAAGUGGGCUGCUGAGUCGUGUGAAAAGGAAGGACACAUUAGCCCUAAGGCUGGAGAGACAGGAGAGACAAGAGCGAGAGGAGAGGGACCCUCAGGAGAACCAUGACAGCAGGACUUGGCAAAACAAGGAGCAGUGGAUGGCAAUGAGGAACAAGAUCAGCAGUACGCUGACAAGGCGCCUGAGUCAGAGACCGUCUGCAGAUGAGCUGGAGCAGAGGAACAUUCUUCCAGCCAAGAACGAAUCAGAUCGUCGAUUAGAGAGAUCCGAGAUCAAAAGGCGGCUCACCAGAAAGCUGUCCCAAAGACCCACAGUGGCCGAACUCCAGGAAAGGAAGAUCCUGCGUUUCCACGAAUAUGUUGAGUGCACCCACGCCCAUGACUACGACCGGCGAGCAGAUAAACCGUGGACCAAGCUCACUCCUGCUGACAAGGCUGCCAUCCGCAAGGAGCUCAAUGAAUUCAAGAGUUCGGAGAUGGAGGUUCACGAAGAAAGCAAGAUCUAUACACGGUUCCAUCGGCCUUAGCUGUCCAUAGUCAAACACUCAGACUGGGAGUAGAGAGGCGGAACAAGCCCCUUUCCACACAAUGAACAGAACUUGUGGCCCACUUGGUUCAUUUUUUUUAACUGACUGCCUGCUAACCUGCUUCAGCUGAUAAACUGGAACCAAAGCGAACGACGCAAUGACUACGGCUGGUUCUCAAAUUCUUUGACUGUGGAAUUCAGGACAGGAGGAGUUUGUUUGGUGUUCGGUGCCAACACUAAAGAGUGAGGAAUCCCUCCCCCUUCCCGCUGCUGGAGGCUCCGAGAGGGUGCGAUGGAAGCGAGAGGGUUACUCAUGGAGGGUUAUCACACAGCCUCCCUCAGGGGAAACCACUCACCAUGCCUUUACCUGCUGUCAUGAUGCCAUCUCCUUGCAGAACAGGAGGACUAUGCACAUACAGCGAUGACUGUAGUUACCACUGAAUGAAUCUGGUGUCUGUUCAAACACUGUUUAUGUAUAUGUCUAUACAUGUUUGUUCUACAAAUGUCCACCCACAGGUGCCACAUGGCAUCAGCCUUAAUGCUCACAUGAUCUAAUGCACUCGUGUAAUGUAAAAUUUUAGACAAAAUGUGAAAAAAGCUGGUCCGACAGUGUGUUUAUUUAAAACUCGGUCAUAGCCGCUUUUGAACCGACAGCUGAGCUCUGUGUGUAGACCCUCAGAGCAUUGAUUCCAACCUACUGACCUAAAGUGUACAUUUUACUGUAUUCUGUUGAUCACUUAAAAGAUUGUAAUAGAGCACAUAUCAACAAAUUGAUCUAAGGCACCUUGAGUUCCCUAAUUGAGCAUUUAAAAGUUUUGAGCCUCAGUUGUUGUUGUUUGUUUAUCAUUGAAUUAUUCAAGCAGGAAAAUGUACAUAUUUUGAUUUUCCUAGUUUUAUGGUACUUUAUAUAUUUAAGUCUAUAGAUGGCUGCAAUUGUAUAGCUCAAACAUGUAGAUUUGAUUAACUUUAUAUUGUAUACCUACAGUAAUGCUGACAUGUUUUAAUUGUAAAGUAUUUUUCAAAUGUUAUUUCCAAGUAGUAAUGGUACAAAACUUUUCUUUUUCUUUUUUUUUGAUACAGAGAUCUUUAAACUUUUUGCAACCACACUGUAUAAAUGACAAAUCCACUCAGAAAUUAAAAGAACCAGUGAUUUUCA